CUCACAGGAGAUGGAAGUACGACGUUUGGCGUUGUAUUUUUGUAUUUUUGUGACGGCGAAAUGCGGGUACCCGCCUAUAGGAGACGAGGUCCAGCCGGGCAGUGUUCUGCUACCCUCGACCAGAAGAGGACGAUAUCUGGCCAACAUCAUUCGGCGACAGGCAGUGGAUGGCACCGGUAUUAAAUUCAACAAAGAUGCUGACAGGAUGAACGCAGAAGCAAAGAAGAAAGUGGAUGUGCUAUCAGAAGAACUGCUGCCAUACAUCAUAGCGGAGCAGGAGCGGCGCACGAGCCUCUAUAAGCGAGUCAUGACCGCCAUCCAGAAUGGGGAGAAGGGCGUCACCAUCGCGGAAAUACGGAACAAACCUCCCCUCAUUAUUAGGAAAGGUCUCAUGUUCCGCUGCCCAGCAAACCACGUGCCGAAGGAGCCCGACGGUUCGGGCAUCAUCAUGUGCGAGAACGAUAUUGAGCCUACCCCCGUCAUGUAUGACUCGUGCCUCAGUGCGGAGGACAAGGACCUCUAUGUCGCUGACAAUAAGUACUUCUUUUGCAACCGUGAGUAUUAA